AUGUCCGCCGAAGUCUCUGCAGCCCCCGCUACUGAGAACGCCAACGGCGCUGCUGACGCCAACGGCACUACGAUCAACACCAAUGUUGCCCCUGAAAGCGACAGCCCCGAUGCGGCUACUACUCCCAGCACUGCCCAGCCUCACUCUGCCUCCUUGUACGUUGGUGAGCUCGACCCUUCCGUGACCGAGGCUAUGCUGUUCGAGCUUUUCUCCUCCAUUGGCCAGGUCGCUUCUAUUCGAGUUUGCCGCGACGCCGUUACUCGUCGUUCUCUCGGAUACGCUUACGUCAACUACAACAACACCGCUGACGGUGAGCGUGCUCUGGAGGACUUGAACUACACUCUGAUCAAGGGCCGUCCUUGCCGAAUUAUGUGGUCUCAGCGUGACCCUGCUUUGCGCAAGACUGGCCAGGGCAAUGUUUUCAUCAAGAACCUUGAUACUGCUAUCGACAACAAGGCUCUGCAUGACACCUUUGCUGCCUUUGGAAACAUUCUGAGCUGCAAGGUCGCCCAGGAUGAGUUUGGCAACUCGAAGGGUUACGGCUUUGUACACUAUGAAACUGCCGAGGCCGCUAACAAUGCCAUCAAGCACGUCAAUGGCAUGUUACUGAACGACAAGAAGGUGUUUGUCGGCCACCAUAUCUCGAAGAAGGAUCGUCAGAGCAAAUUCGAAGAGAUGAAGGCCAACUUCACCAACGUCUAUGUCAAGAACAUCGACCUUGAUGUUACUGACGAGGAUUUCAGUGAGCUUUUCGCCAGAUUCGGCGAGAUUACCUCCGCUACCAUUAGCCGGGACAAUGAAAGUGGCAAGAGCCGUGGAUUCGGUUUCGUCAACUACAUUACCCACGAAAGUGCUCAGGCUGCCGUUGAAGAAUUGAACGACAAGGACUUCCAAGGCCAAAAGCUCUACGUUGGCCGCGCGCAAAAGAAACAUGAGCGUGAAGAAGAACUUCGUCGCCAAUAUGAAGCUGCUCGUCUCGAGAAAGCCUCCAAAUACCAAGGCGUUAACCUCUACGUGAAGAAUCUCACUGAUGACAUUGACGACGAAAAGCUCCGUGAGCUGUUCAGCACCUUUGGCACCAUAACUUCUGCUAAGGUCAUGCGUGAUACCGUCGGUGGCUCUUCCGACGACUCUGAGAAGGAAGAGUCUAGCAAAGAAGAGACCGAAAAAGAGUCCGAGGAGCCUGAGGAGGAAGACAAAGACCAGGAGGAGGACAAGGAGAAGAAGGAUGGCAAGAAGUCUGAUAAGAAACUGUUCGGGAAGAGCAAGGGCUUUGGCUUCGUUUGCUUCUCUAGCCCAGACGAGGCAUCCAAGGCUGUCACUGAAAUGAAUCAACGCAUGGUUAAUGGCAAGCCUCUCUAUGUCGCUCUCGCCCAACGCAAGGAUGUUCGCAAGAGCCAGCUCGAGGCUAGUAUUCAGGCUCGUAACAACAUCAGACAGCAGCAGGCCGCUGCCGCUGCUGGAAUGCCUCACCCUUACAUGCAGCCUGCUGUGUUCUAUGGACCCGGACAGCAAGGUUUCAUCCCAGGCAACGCUGGUCAGCGUGGCAUGGCUUUUGCUCCUCAGCCCGGUAUGGUGAUGGCUGGUAUCCCCGGUGGACGACCAGGCCAGUACCCUGGUGGCUUCCCUCAACAAGGUGGUCGUGGCAUGGGCAACCCUAACCAGCAAAUCCCUCAAAACUUCAGCCAGGGUAUUCCAAUUGGUGCCAUGCAGGCUGGACCUGGCGGCAUCCCCAACGGCAUGGGCUACCCUCAGAUGGCACAGGUGCAAUUUGGUCGAGGUGCAGGUGGCCGUGGGCAGGUUCCUCAGGGUAUUCCUCCAAAUGUUCCUAGUGGUCGUGGCGGCCCAAGCUUUGGCCAGGGACGCGGUGGCAUCCCUCAGCAACAAGGACAUGCUCGUCCAGGACAAGGUGGACGCGGUCAAAACGCCGGUGCUGGAGCUCCUGCACCAGCCCCCGAAGGUACUUCUGGCUCGCUUACUCUGCAAGCCCUGACUGCAGCCCCAUCAGCACAACAGAAACAGAUGCUUGGUGAGGCUCUGUACCCCAAGAUCCAGGCUCAACAGCCUGAGCUUGCUGGCAAGAUCACUGGUAUGCUGUUGGAGAUGGACAAUACCGAGCUUCUUGGCCUGAUUGACGACGAGUCUGCUCUCCGUGCCAAGGUUCAGGAGGCUCUCGAUGUUUAUGACGAGUAUAUGAAAAGCAAGGGCCCAGGUGACGAAUCCAGUGAGCUUCCUAAGCCCAAGGAGAGUGCUAAGGAGGCUACCGAGGAGACCAAGUCGUAA